AACUACUGUCUCCACGUGAGUUCAUCAACAUGGUCGGCGGCAUGUAGCUCCAAGCAGCCGUAGACAUAAUCUGUUAGAUAUUUGAAAGUAAAUAUAUCUCUGAAAACUUUAUUUAAGGAGUACGAUGGCGACGGUCCGCAAGAAAAUAGACAACCGGAUUCGGGUCCAGAUCGAGAAUGGAGUCACCCUGCAACACCGGACCAUGUUUGUGGUGGUGGGAGAUCGAGGGAGAGAUCAGGUGGUGAUCCUUCAUCACAUGCUGUCCAAAGCCGCUGUCAGAGCACGACCCUCAGUCCUUUGGUGCUAUAAAAAAGACCUUGGGUUUAGCAGCAAUCGGAAGAAACGGAUGAGACAGCUGCAGAAAAAGAUCAAAACUGGAACAUUGAAUCUGAAUCAGGAUGAUCCGUUUGAGCUCUUUGUCGCUGCAACCAACAUCCGCUACUGUUACUACAAUGAGACUCACAAGAUCCUGGGAAACACUUACGGCAUGUGCGUCCUGCAGGAUUUUGAGGCACUCACUCCCAACCUCUUGGCACGAACUAUUGAGACAGUGGAAGGAGGGGGUAUAGUGGUGAUUCUCCUUAGGACAAUGAACUCUCUGAAGCAGCUCUACACUAUGACCAUGGAUGUGCACUCCCGAUACAGGACUGAGGCUCAUCAGGAUGUUGUAGGCAGGUUCAAUGAGAGAUUCAUCCUGUCUGUCGCAUCUUGCAAAAACUGCGUUGUUAUCGAUGACCAGCUCAGCGUCCUGCCGAUCUCCAGCCACAUGGCUAACAUCAAGCCAGUCCCUCCAAAGACUCAGGAGGAAGGGUUAUCUCCUCGAGAGCAGGAGCUGAAGGAUCUUAAAGAGUCUCUGCAGGACACUCAGCCUGUUGGCAUGUUGGUGGAUUGCUGCAGGACCAUGGAUCAGGCAAAGGUCGUGCUGAAGUUUAUCGAAGCAGUUUCAGAGAAGACACUGAGGAGCACCGUGGCUCUGACCGCCGCCCGAGGUCGAGGCAAAUCUGCCGCCAUGGGACUGGCUGUGGCAGGAGCUGUGGCAUUUGGUUACUCCAACAUCUUUGUAACGUCCCCGAGCCCCGACAACCUUCACACCAUGUUUGAAUUCAUCUUCAAAGGCUUUGAUGCGCUGCAGUAUCAGGAGCAUUUGGACUACGAAAUCAUCCAGUCUUUAAAUCCUGAGUUCAACAAAGCAGUGGUGCGAGUGAACAUCUUCAAAGAGCAUCGACAGACGAUUCAGUACAUCCAUCCCGGAGAUGCAGUGAAACUGGGCCAAGCUGAGCUGCUGGUCAUCGACGAGGCUGCAGCCAUCCCUCUUCCUCUUGUUAAGAAUCUUCUGGGACCUUACCUGGUUUUCAUGGCCUCCACCAUCAACGGGUACGAAGGAACAGGGCGCUCUCUUUCUCUCAAACUGAUCCAGCAGUUGAGGCAGCAGAGCGCAGAGAGUCAGCAGAACCUGUCGGCAGAGAACAGGAACACCAACACAGCAAGACUAGCAGCAGCUCGCACUCUGCACGAGGUCUCUCUGCACGAGUCCAUUCGGUACGCUCCCGGUGACGCGGUGGAGAAGUGGCUGAAUGAGCUGCUGUGUCUGGACUGCCUCAACAUUCCCAGGCUCAUUUCUGGCUGCCCACUUCCACAGUCCUGCGACCUAUAUUAUGUAAACAGAGACACGCUGUUUUGUUAUCACAAGGCAUCCGAGGCUUUCCUGCAAAGGCUGAUGGCUCUCUAUGUGGCGUCACAUUACAAGAAUUCCCCCAACGACCUGCAGAUGCUGUCUGAUGCUCCGGCCCAUCACCUCUUCUGCCUCCUGCCGCCUGUUCCUCCCACACAGAACUCUCUACCCGAAGUCCUCGCUGUCGUGCAGGUGUGUCUCGAGGGAGAAAUUUCCAGGCAGUCCAUCCUCAACAGUCUGUCCAGAGGGAAAAAGGCUUCGGGAGAUCUUAUUCCCUGGACUGUUUCAGAGCAGUUUCAAGAUCCAGACUUUGGCAGCCUGUCUGGGGGCAGAGUGGUGCGCAUAGCUGUCAAUCCGGACUACCAAGGGAUGGGCUACGGCUCCAGAGCUCUGCAGCAGCUGCAGAUGUACUACGAGGGCAAGUUUCCCACCAUGGAUGAGAGCACGCAACCAGCCCACACCCAGAUCACCUCCGUCAGCAGCGAGGCGGUCAGUCUGCUGGAGGAGGUGGUCACUCCUCGGAAAGAGCUCCCUCCUCUGCUGCUGAAGCUCAGUGAGAGAAGAGCUGAGAGGCUGGACUAUUUAGGAGUUUCCUAUGGACUCACUGCACAGCUGCUUAAGUUCUGGAAGAAAGCGGGUUACACUCCGGUCUAUUUAAGACAAACACCUAAUGACCUGACAGGAGAACACUCCUGUGUGAUGCUGAAGGAGCUGAACAGUGAGGAGGCUUCAGAGAACAGCUUAUGGUUGACUGCCUUCUGGAAAGAUUUCCGCAGGCGCUUUCUGUCGCUGCUCUCCUACCAAUUCAGCAACUUUCACCCAAGCCUGGCCCUCAGCAUUCUUCAGAAUAAGAGGUUAAAGGAGGAGACCACCCCCCUCAGCAGCUCCGAGCUGACUGCCCACUUCACCCCGUAUGACCUCAAACGUCUGGAGCUGUAUUCGAGGAGCAUGGUGGACUACCACCUCAUCAUGGAUCUGAUCCCGACAGUGGCUCGCAUCUUCUUUCUCAAGCAGCUGGGUGACGUCUCCCUCUCUGCAGCACAGUGUGCGUUGCUGCUGGGAAUAGGACUGCAACACAAAUCUGUGGAUCAGCUAGAAAAAGAAAUCGAGCUCCCGAGCUCUCAGCUCAUGGGCCUCUUCAACCGUCUCAUCCGUAAAUUCGUACAAGUGUUCACCAGCAUCCAGGAAAAAGCAAUCGAAGCUGAGAUGGUGGCUACUAAAGAUGUCAGCAUGGAGCCAACUGUCAGAAGCCUCAAUGAAGAUCUCACUGAAGCUGCCAAAGAGUUUGAGGAGCAGCACAAAAAGGAUCUGGAGAAAGUGAAGGAAAUGGACCUGGAAGAGUACAAGAUUCGUGGAGAUGAAGAGGAGUGGGACCAGGUACUGAAGAAUGCGGGGAACACAGCAAUUGUCAGCAUCAAAAGUGACAAGAAGAGAAAAUGGGAAGGGGGAAAUGCCGUCACAAGUAACGGUGCUGGGAAGCAGAAGAAGGAAAUGAAACAUGGAAAAUUCAAGAAAAACAAGGACAAACAUGGCAAAUUUGGAAAGAAGGCAUGAAAAACUGCACAGUGAAGGGACUGCACGGACUGCAUAUGGUUUGUUGGGACAAACUUGUAGAUGAAUAUGUGUAUUCAUAAUUGUUUUUUAUUUUUAUUUCUGCUCCUCAGAGUUCAUUUUUUACAGUUUACACUGUACAUCAGCAAAACUAACACUUCAGCUCAAUGUAUUAAACAUCUUUUAUAUUUUA